GUCCGCGUCAAGGACCGACCGAGCAUUAGUGAGUAGUGACAGAACAAGGCAAGACACGGUAAGAUUAGACAAGAUAGGGCGAGACAACACAAACGUCAGACAUGACGGGACGCUGCCGCCCGGGCCUGUGGCGACCCGCCCAACCCCUACAAGCCGCCAAGUUCCCCCAUGUUUCUCCUCCAUGCGACCCCCAUGCGCUGGUGCUUGCUUGCUUGCUCCCGGCGUGCUUUGAGGCUUGCGCUGGCAGAGCUGGCUGAGCUGACCGAGCUUGCAGCGUGCCUUGUAGAUCCGCCCAUGACGUCGCUGACAAGCUGGCAAGAAUCAGGCGCGGGAGCGCUUCG